AUGAACCUUAACAGUAAAGAAAAGCUGGUGGUAGAAGUGAUUGGAGCCCAUAACUUGAUGCCAAAAGAUGGUGAAGGUUCAUCAUCACCUUUUGUAGAAGUUGAGUUUGAGAGCCAAAGACAAAAAACCACCGUGAAAUACAGAGACCUCAACCCUGUUUGGAAUGAAAAGCUCGUUUUUUCCGUCAAUGAUGCUGCUGACCUUCCUUACCGGACGGUGGAGAUUAACGUUUUCAACGAGAGGAGGUCCAAUAACAGCAGGAAUUUCCUGGGAAAAGUCAGGGUCUCUGGUUCAAGCAUAGCUAGAGAAGGGGAAGCAUUAGCCCAGCUUUAUACUCUGGAUAAAAGAAGCCUUUUUUCUCAUGUCCGUGGGGAAAUUACCUUGAAGCUCUACUUAUCAACCCGGGAAGAGGUUAAACAAGUCAUCAAUGGCGGUAAUAGUAAUAAUAAUAAUAAUGGGAUUUUGGUUUCUUCUUCAAAGAAGAACAAGAAGCUUCAGCAGCAACAGGGGACCAGUAUGGCGAUUCAGCAAAACCUGGGCCAAGAAAGCAAAUUGAAUUCCCAUAAUCAUCAUGGUCAUGCAAAGCCUGUUGACCCAGGCCCAGGUGAAAUCAAGCCUGUCGUCAUCACAACCGUCCCCGGUCCGGUCAUCCCGGCGGUGAAUCCCGCCGGACUUGGCGGCGGCGGAGGAGGAGGAGGAGGUGUUCCAGUUGGUGGAAUGGGGAUGUACUCAACAGGGCAUGGGGAGUAUUCUCUGAAAGAAACUCGGCCUCACCUUGGUGGGGGCCCACUGAACAAGGACAAGACGAGCUCAACGUACGACCUUGUGGAGCAAAUGCAGUAUUUGUACGUCAGAGUUGUUAAGGCUCGUGAAAUCUCAGUGUUUGGUGGAGGGGAGCUGGUUGCAGAGGUCAAACUUGGGAACUACAGGGGAAUUACAAAGAGGGUGCCUUUGAAUAGUGCUGAGUGGGACCAAGUUUUUGCCUUUUCUAAGGACUGUAUUCAGUCUUCAGUUGUGGAGAUUUUUGUGAAGGAGAGCAAUAAAGAAGAUUUCUUGGGGCGUGUUUGGUUUGAUCUUAAUGAGGUUCCUAAAAGGGUUCCUCCAGAUAGUCAGCUGGCUCCUCAAUGGUAUAGAAUGGAUGACAGGAAAGGGGAGAAAGCCAAGGGGGGUGAAGUUAUGGUGGCUAUUUGGUUGGGAACACAAGCUGAUGAAGCCUUUGCGGAAGCAUGGCAUUCCAAGGCUGCAAAUGUAAGUACUGAUGGUUUGUGUUCCAUUAAGUCCAAGGUUUAUCUCUCACCUAAGCUUUGGUACCUUAGGGUUAAUGUUAUUGAAGCACAAGAUGUUGUAAUGGGGGAAAAAGGGUCUUCUUUGAUGAGGUAUCCUGAGCUUUUUGCAAAAGUUCAAGUUGGUAACCAGGUUUUGAGGACUAGAAUUGCUUCCCCUGUUGCUAGUAAGAGUCUUUCGAAUCCUGUUUGGAAUGAAGACUUGCUUUUUGUUGUUGCUGAACCGUUUGAAGACUAUGUUUUGGUCUCAGUUGAAGAUCAUUUAGCUCCAAACAGGGAUGAGACUGUGGGGAGGGUGUUGUUACCAGUUACAAAUAUUGAGAAGAGGCUGGAUGAUAAGCCUGUUACAUCUAGGUGGUUCAAUCUUGAUAUUCAUCUUGGCAAUCAGAAUGAUUCUUCUAAGUCUGUGAUGAGAUUCGCCUCCCGAAUUCACCUUCUGGCAUCUCUUGAUGGAGGGUAUCAUGUCCUGGAUGAGGCUACCAUGUAUAGCAGUGAUGUCAGACCAACAGCAAAGCAGCUCUGGAAGCCACACAUUGGAGUUCUUGAGGUUGGAGUUUUGGGUGCUUCCAACCUUGUACCUGUUAAGAUUAAGGAAGGCAAAGGAGGCUCCACUGACGCUUAUUGUGUAGCGAAAUAUGGUCAGAAAUGGGUUCGAACUAGGACUGUGGUUGACAGCUUGUCGCCAAAAUGGAACGAGCAGUAUACGUGGGAAGUGUUUGAUCCUUGCACUGUGAUCACCAUUGGGGUGUUUGAUAAUGCACGGGUGGACAAAAAUGUUGUAUCGGCUACAACUCGUGAUUCUCGGAUUGGGAAGGUUAGAAUUAGAUUAUCAACUCUUGAAUCUGAUAAAGUAUAUACUCAUGCUUAUCCACUGUUGAUGCUGCAUCCAUCUGGUGUAAAGAAGAUGGGAGAACUUCACUUGGCUGUUCGGUUUUCUUGUGCUAAUAUGGUCAAUAUGCUUUGCAUGUAUACAAUGCCUUUACUUCCAAAGAUGCAUUACGUGCAGCCAUUGUCUGUGAAUCAGUUAGACAGCUUGAGGUACCAAGCCAUGAAUGUAGUGGCAUCGAGGCUGGGCCGAGCAGAGCCACCUCUGGUGAGAGAUGUAGUCGAGUAUAUGCUUGAUCAUGAUUCUCACAUGUGGAGCAUGAGAAAGAGCAAAGCCAACUUCUUCAGGCUAACUAAUAUCUUAGCAUGGUUCGUAGCCGUGAGCAGGUUUUUGGAGACCGUCCGGAACUGGCACAAGCCGGUUUACUCUGCAGUGUUCUUGAUCGUUUUCAUGAUCUUUGUCUUGUUGCCUGAGCUGAUCGUACCCUGUGUUUUACUUACCAUGGCUGCUAUGGGGCUUUGGCGAUAUAGAUCCAGGCCACGCCACCCGCCUCAUAUGGACACCCGCCUAUCCUAUGCUGAUGUUGUGCACCCUGAUGAAUUGGAUGAAGAAUUUGAUUCAUUCCCAUCAAGUCGAGCUGCUGAGAUUAUUAGGAUGAGGUAUGAUCGUCUGAGAAGCGUUGCUGGGAGGAUUCAAUCUGUGGUGGGAGAUAUGGCCACUCAAGGCGAGCGCUUUCAGGCUUUGCUAAGUUGGAGGGAUCCAAGAGCCACAUUCUUGUUUAUCAUGGUCUGUUUGGCUGCUGCAUGUGGGUUCUAUGCCGUACCAUUUAAAUGGAUUGUGGCUCUUUGGGGACUCUAUCUUUUGAGGCCACCCAAGUUCAGGAAUCGGCUCCCUUCAAGGGCAGUCAGCUUCUUCAAGAGGUUGCCAACAAGAGCUGAUAGCAUGUUAUAG